UGGGGAGGGGCGUGUUAAGCCCCUCCCGCUACGGGGUCCUCACCUGGUAUAAAGGGAUCGCAGAGAGCAAUGCUGACGAUUUUGGAGCGAGGACAGUGGCUGAGUAGAAGGAAACGGUUCUGACGUCCUCGCCACCCUCCACCCUCGAGACGCGGCCCCGCCCCCGGACGAGUCGGAAUCCUUUAAAAGGUCCGGGGUGUAAGGAAAGGGAGGGCGGGUCCGGCGUCUCCUGGCGACGGACCGGUGGCUCCACCCAGCCAAUCCUCGCCCCGCAGCGGGCAGCACUCCAGCCAAUCACGUCUCGCGCUUCGGCUCCGGGGCGGAGCUAGGUGGGCCGGAGGCCAAACCGAGAGGCCCUGGGGAGGUGAGCGAGGUUCCUACUCAGCGCUGGUGUGGGUCGUAAAGCUGCGGACGUUCCAGGACUUGGUCAUUGCGAACCUGGCAGCGAAGGUGAGAGAGAGAGAGAGAGAGAGGCCACCCGGCUUGAGAUUUGCCUUGGGGCACCAUGGUAGGAGGCUUGAAGAGGAAACACUCAGAUUUGGAGGAGGAAGAGGAGGAUGAGAAGUGGGACUGGGGUCCAGCAGGCCUGCGGAGCUACCAGCAAGCCCUGCUUCGAAUCUCGUUAGACAAAGUCCAGCGAAGCCUGGGUCCCCGAGCACCGAGCCUACGCAGGCAUGUCCUCAUCCACAAUACCCUCCAGCAGCUCCAGGCCGCCCUGUGCCUGACUCCAGCACCUGUCCUGCCCCCUGAGCCCCUCUUCCUGGGCGAGGAGGACUUCUCCCUGUCAGCCACCAUCGGCUCUAUUCUCAGGGAAUUGGAGACGUCCAUGGAUGAGACAGAGCCCCCUCAGAAUCCAGUGGCUCCCCCAGGACCCCAGAACGAAGGGCUGCCCCAGCCUGAUCCAGUCUUCUUAGAAGCUCUGAGCUCCCGGUACCUGGGGGACUCGGGUCUGGAUGACUUUUUUCUGGACAUUGACACAUCUGCAGUAGAGAAGGAGCCUGCACUUGCCCCACCGGAGCCCCCUCACAACCUCUUCUGUGCCCCAGGGUCCUGGGAGUGGAAUGAACUCGAUCACAUUAUGGAAAUCAUUUUGGGAUCCUAAAACUUUGGGGGCUCUUUCCUCAUCUCAGCCUCGGUGGGCUGGAUCCCUGGAUGCACCUGUUUGUGUGUGUGUGUGUGUGUGUGUAUGUGUGUUUUGGUGGGGUCUCUAAGCAAUGACUGUGGCCUCCUUUCCUCCCAUUUCAGGGUUCCACAACCGUCUUGCAUGUGUGUGUGGUUACCACAGCCUUCUGUGAAGGUGGGUCUUCCUGAAUUAAUUUAUCUGUUCCAAAUGCCUUAACGUGACUCUGUUUCUGGGAGUCUGAUUUCCCACUUCCCACAUUUCUUCUGCCUUUCCCUCCAGUUCCUACUCCCCUUGUGACCACUGGGGCCUCAGGGAAGAUAAAGCUGGGCCUGUCAGAGGAUGACAGGGAUGUGCUGCCUGGUUGCUAUGGGAACUCAGACUUUGCCUCUUGCACCUCAAGGGAGCAGGAGGGGCUGGCCUCCUCCCCCAAGGUUGAACCCCACCUCUUUGGCAAGACCCCAGUCCCAGCAGUCUCCUGAUUCAUAACCAGGCCGGACCACGUGCAAUAGGGUGGAAACCAAACUGCUCCAUGCCGCAUUAUUUAAAAGAAAGGCGGGUUUUGUGGUGGGUCUUGUUCUUUGUUUUUUGCUUGUUUGUAAUGACUUUUUUUUUUUUUUUUUAAUAAAAGUAUUUUGGAAGGGA